UUCAAUAAAUUAAAAAUCAAUCCUAAAUUAGGAUUCCUAAUUGAAUUAUAACCAUGUCAUUAAACGAUUUACCUGAUAUUUGUCUUUGGAAGAUCUUUGAAAAUGUCCAUGAGGCCAAAGAAUUGAUUCGAUUGUCUAAAGUUUGUUCGAGAUGGUCCGAUUUAAUUACGCCGAGAUUUAAUCGAGUGAAAUAUCUUCAAAUGAUAUAUAUUACAAAACCAUGUAAAUAUGGUUGCGAAAAGAAAGUUGAUUAUAUUGAUGCGAACAGUUUGUGGAUGAAUGAGUAUACGAAUUGGAAUGAUUACAAUUUAUUCCAAUUGUUUCCAAAUCUUAAGAUUAUAGAUGCUUCGGCCUUAUUGGGAAGUUCAUCUUACAAUUCACCAGAAAUUGUCAAAAAUAAUCCACAAAUAAAGGGAUUAGUAAUUUGGGAUGACUUCGAAAACAGUUAUGACUUUGCAAAUAUCGAAAUGUUCGCUGCUGUUUUUGAUUUCGAUUAUAAAAAAGUUUUUCGACCUGAUCAGUUGAAACAAGUUUACUGCGACUUUCUUGAUAUGAAUGAUGUUCCUUCAUUUAUUGAAUAUUUUCCGAAUUUGAAGCGACUCCACAUAAAACCCGAUAAAGCGAAUGGCGUUUUUUACAAUGGACCGAAUUUGUCUUCGUUAAAGAUUCUUGAAUUUGUUGUAGGCCAGUUUGUUGAACAAUUCACCGGAUUUCAUUUCAUGGAUUUUUGUCCAUCUUUGGAAAGCGUUUUCUUCACUUGUUGGGCAAAGGAUCUUUAUGUAAAUGAAUCGAUAAAGAAUUACAAUCUAAGAGAUUUGGUUGUCGGUAGUAUUCCUUCUCGUAGUUAUCCGUGGCCACUAUUUAAAAAACUGUUGUCUAAAUUUCCUAAUUUACAUCAUCUAGCAAUCAGACAUUUUUUUAAGUUUGAUGAUAGCAGUUUAAGAGAAUUGAUAAAUUUAUUACCUGAGUUGAAGAUAUUGGACUUGAGAGUAUUUAGUAGAAAGGUGUAUAAAAAAGCUGAAAAAGCUUUUCUUUCCAAAUAUUGUGUCAAAGAGAAUCGAUCAAUUGUAAUUUAUUACAAUUGUGAAAACGAACCUACCGAAUGGCCUAAAUUGGUGGAUACUUACGAACCAAUUUGCUAUGGAUUCGAUUUCAUGAAACAUUGUUUCUACAAACAAUUCAGUUACCUUCCAAAUCUCAUUGAUGAAUAAAAAUCAACUGACUUGAAUGUAUCAAAAUGUUAACUAAAUUACAAUGUUGAUUAUUCGCUAUAAGUCUUGUUAAAUAUCUGCAUUGUAUUUAAAAUAAAUCACAUCACAACAUUAAUAUAAAUAUUUUCU